UGACCGAGCAGAAGUCUGUGAAUUGGGAUUUUAAUGCUCAGUUUUUCUUUGAUUUGUAGAGCCUUCAUUUUGGAGAGAGAUAAGUGAUUUGAAGGGUACUUUAAGAAUGGAGAAUUUUGAGAACCUUGAGAUAGUUCAUGAAAGCAAUGAAAUAGGUCUGAUCAGUGAACUAAAUGAGAGGACUAUAUGUACUUGAAUCAGACAACACUCUUAUGUGAAAGUUGACCUCAAGGAUACUAUUAUGAUAUUGUCACUGAGAUUUGAAGAGACUGAAGUGGAAGCUGUAAUGGAGCAUGAAAAAUUCAACAAAGUUGCCUUGACUGUCCAGAAGGUGCAGUUUUAGAGUUAGACAAUUUACAGUGAGUUGAUCCUUAUCAUUACAUGGAUGAUAAACCAUUUUCAAAAGGAGCAAUUCUUCAGAGUCCUGAACUUAAUUUAUCUCCUGUUAUUCGAAAUUUCAAAGAAGAGUAUACCAUUGAAUACUACAUCGAUAUUUAUAGCGAACAACCUCUUGAGUUAGGGACUCUAGAGUACCCUUAUCGCUCUUUCAAAGCUGUCAGCUAUGAAAUAUUGACCUUCUACAGCCACACCAACAUUUCUGUUGUGAUUUACACAAAGGAUGCUUAUAUUAAAGAUGAUACUAAUAUUUAUGUUAAUAUGACCUCAGUAACAGUUCUCCCUCAUCCACAAUGGAAAAGUGUCCUUAGCCCUCCUAUGCUAAUUCCAACUCAAGUACCUCAAACAGAGCUUCCCUCUAAAACUUUGUUUCAUCUCCUUCGUUCCACUAAGCUUCCCAUCAAAACAACGAUAUCUGCUGGUGAACUCAGUGAAUAUGAAGUUGCCCUACUUGAAAUAGGUAAAAUUACAAUCCUCCCUAUCCAGACAAGCUUCACUAUGAAAGACAUCAACAUCUACAGGGAAGAGAAAACUCCAGACCUAAGUUUCUACCUGAUUUACUGCGGGAACUUAAAUUCAAAAACCUUACAUAUCGAAAAUGUCAACCUGAAUAUAACAGGAAGCUUUGUUCAGACAAACAGACCUUUAAAUGCAGUCAUAAAAUCAGUCAAGGCUGACUUGGUCAGACUAAAGGACUUCUAUGAUGCUUCAUUAGAAAAUUGUAAUUAUCCCGAAGCUAACCUCACGACAACUCUUGUUUUUGAUAACUUCUCGUUUGUCAAUAGCAACAUUUCUAAUGGAAGAGCCCCUCAAUCAAUUAUCAAUUUGAGUGGACCAGAGAAUAUUACAGCUACUAAUAUUGAUUGAAGAAACUGGUUUACUUUGAGAUUUAGUGACCACAGAUGCUUUGCAUACCGGACAAUCCCUAAUUGUAUUCCCCAGGACUCUUUACUGCAACAAAUAACAGCAGUAAGAGUAGCGAAUGAUUUGAUCGCUGAUAGUUCUAAAUAUUAUGUUGCCAAUGUAAUAACAACUGACAUCCCUCACUAUCGAAACAUUCACCAGCAUAUUGAAAAAUACACAGCUGAUAAUUUGGUUAUCAAUUCGUUUAAAAUUUAUUUUUCAUCGCUUUCAUCAAUUAUGGACAGCUGGGUAUUUAAAGAUGCUAUAUUUACAAAUUGCACAAGUACAUCUCCCUUUGUUUCAACAAGAUUUGCUAACUGGGCAAUCAAUGAGAAUAUUACCUUUACAAACAUUCCAAAGUGCUCUGGAUCUUUGAUAGAAUCUAUUGGAGCUAUAGAUGUGACACUCAAAAACAUCUAUAUUCAAAAUUACACUUCAGACAAGGCAGGGAGUUUCCCUGCAAUCGAUAUCAGAUCUCUUUCCGAUUCCACUACGAUCAUCCAGAAUAUCUCUGCAAGAGACUGCUUUUUGUAUGGCAAUUCUUUGAUCUCUCAGAUGAAUAAUCUCAAAGAAAUCAGAAUUCAGGAUGGUUAUUAUCACAACAUAAGACUGAAGACUUCUGCUGCCUUGCUUCAUCUUUACGAUGGUGAUGAUUUCUUAAUUUCCAAUCAAACUAUUGUUUCUUCUCAUUCUCUUAACCAAAAUGAGAAGUCGACUUUCUUAGAAAUUUUUGUCAUUAAUGUCCCAGAAUCAAAUCAUUCAGUAAUAGAGGAUAUCGUUUUUGAAGAUUCUUCAUUAGGAGUCAUCAAAAUAGGCUCACUUCGGGGUUCAACAGAUCAAGUCAAAACAUUUACUUUGAACCAAGUUAGGUAUUUAGACUGAUAUAUAUUUCAUUCUGAUUCGCUGAUUUCUACUGGAGGAAUGAUAUCGUCGAGUUUAUAUGAAAUCAGAAUGAACUCCAUAGCUUUUGAGAAUGUUUCAUACUACUCUUGGGGCGAUCUCAUCAACUUAAGGCACCAGCUCAGUAUCCCUGCUAUUGUGACAAACCUUACCUUAAUUGAAGUGAAAUCUGCCGGAAUCAAUGCAGAAUCUUUCAACUCGUAUCUUCCCGGCUUAAAGACUUCUGUGACUUUUGAAGACGUUUACGUUAGAAAUGCUUCAGUUACUAAGACGCCUCUUAUCAGGACAGAUUUUGACUCGAUGUUAAAGUUUAUCAAUGUUUCUUUUUCAAACAUCCAAAGCACUUAUUUAGAUUCUGGGAUAUUUAAUAGUGAACAUAACUCAUUGAUUGUUAUACAAAAUGCUCUUUUUAAGGACAAUUUGGCAAUAUCCUCAUGAGUAUUUAAAGUCAAAGAUAACUCUGAGGUUCAGUGAACUAAUUGUACAAUGACUCAUAACUUUGCUGUAUCAAGUGGAGUAGUUUCUACAGAAUCAAAUGGAAAAUUCGAGUUUGUCAGUUCUCAAAUCUACCUCAACUAUGCAAUCCAAAACUCGAUCGGGCUGCUAUAUGGACUCGGCAAAGCCUCAGUAUUUUCCAACUGCGAGAUUUAUCAAAAUGAAGUUUUAGACAUAUCAGAAUUACUUCUUGAGCUUACAAAUUGCUCCAAGUUUUGACAUAUGAAUGAUAAUUUCAAAGAGUACCUUACCACACUGGAUCAGUCGAGUAUCACAAUGUCUCAAGCAGCUGUUCAAGUUCUAUUCGGAUCAUUAGAUAUAUCAAAUGAAACAGAGAUUUACUAUCAGCAAGAAUUUAUAUCUGCUUCUGAUUCCUUAAUCACAAUAUCUAAUUCCACAAUAUCCCACACUAAAAUUCUGUAUUACCAAAGUGUAGGGUACAACUCCAAGUUCAUUUUCAGAGAUGUGCAGAUUAUCAAUGUGACUCAGCCUAAUAAUGACAGAGGGCUUAUUUUAGCUUUAUCAGGAAGUGAAUUUGAGGCAUCAAAUUUAACCUUUAAGAACUCGAAUACUCAUUUAUUUUUGAUCCAAGACUCCAGUGCCCAGCUGGAGCAAAUACAUUUUGAAAAUAUUCACAAUGCAAAUUUUUUGCUAGAUUUUAUUAGGUCAACUUGGGUGUGCUUGAAGGAUAUUAAAGUUCCCUCUGAGAUAGACAUUACUGAGCAAUAUUUUCACUUCAAAGAUAGUGAAAGGAUUGAACUAAUAAACAUUAUAGCCUCAGGCUUAAAGAUACCACUUAUAAAAGCAGAAAACUCCCACUUCAAUUUGAUUUAUAACCUCAGAAUCAGCAACAGUUUAAAAAUAAUCGAAUUUAAUGACUCAGAUAUUACAAACAUGACUCAGUGAUAUUUUGGAAAUAAUGGGGAUGAAUCUAUUCUCGUAGGUGGAGCCCUGACUCUUUAUAAUUCUGUGAUUAAUAUUGAAAGCUCCUCAUUUAUCAACAACUCAGCAAUAAGUGGAGGAGCAAUUUCUUUCCAAUGACCAUCAGCUAAAAGAUGUAAACUACAGAUGAUGAAUUCAACUUUUUCUAAUAACUCAGCUGUUUCCAAAGGAGGAGCUAUUUAUUAUGACUAUAAUCCUCCCUUGCUCAGCGGGGUUGUGUUUAACAAUAACUCAGCUCCUUAUGGAGAUAACCUUGCGAGCUAUCCUUAUUGAAUUGGAUUUGAAGGCUUUCAGUGAGACCAAUGCGAGCCUUUGAGUAAUCUUACAUCAGGAAUCCAAAGUGAAACUCCUCUGAAAUUGGCUAUAUAUGAUCAUGAGCACCAGAUUGUUAGUCUAGUGAAUUCUUCUCAGUUAAUAAUUACUUCAAUGGAUACAAACCUCGGGCAGGUAGCUGGAGAUAACAACGCGAUUAUCAAUGAUGGAGUUGCUACUUUUAGUGAUAUUCGGUUCAUUUCUCAGCCAGGCUCGAAUUCAGUGGGAUUUAAGAUAUCCUCUAUAAUAUUGAACAAGAAGAAGCUGCUUGCUGUGUAUAAUAAAACUACAACGGUUAAAAAAUGCAACACAAAUUUUAGGUACUGCCAACCUGGAGAGAGGCAAUAUAAAAAUAAAUGUGAAAUUUGUUCAGCUGGGACAUUCUCUCUCAAAUGGAGUUCAACCGAAUGUGAAAAAUGAAUUGGCAAUGCUGUUUGAAGAGGAGGCGCUGAACUAAGUGUUAGACGGGGUUACUGGAGGAGAACCUCUAACUCAACUACCAUUAUAAGGUGACUAAACGAAGAUGCCUGAGAAGGUGGUUAUGCUAAAAAUCCUUAUUAUCCAACUAAUUGUAAAGAAGGAUAUGAAGGACCGCUAUGCUCCAAAUGAAGAAUCAUUGGAGAUGUAAAAUAUCAACGACAAAACGAAUUUGGGUGUGCCAAAUGCCCAAGUGUUGAAUUUACUGCUGUACUAAUGAUUUUUAAGGUAAUACUUGCGAUAGCUUACUUCAUGAUCAUCAUUGGAAUCAAUGUUAGAAAAACAAAAGAGAGCGAAUUAUCUGUAUUACUAAGAAUAUUUACCAACUAUAUCCAAUUGAUAAUGGCAUUAUUAUCUAUGAGCACUAAUUUCCCGAAGUUAGAUAGCUAUUUUGCAACUUCGAUCGAUAUAAUCGGAGGAUCUUCGACUUUAUUGCUAUCUUUUGAUUGUUUAAUUUCAGAAUAUGAAAUUACUGGCCCAUUUAGGUCUAAUGCUGUAUUAAAAUUAUUUUUACUGGCGAUUUUACCCCUAUUAAUCUUUGCCCCAAUAUCUAUUUUCUGGAUCAUUCUUCAUCGGGUGAGUAAAUAACUAUGUGAGAAAUCUUACUAAGAAUCUUAUUGUUACCUUCAUUUCUAUUAUAUUCUUGUUACAUCCAAGAUUGACUCAAGAAAGCAUAAAUAUCUGGAGAUGAAUGGAAAUUGACAAUGGAGUUAAAGUGGCCAGAUUUGAUAUGGACAUCCAAUGUUAUUCAAUGACUCAUUUAAAAUACUGUCUUUUGAUCUCAGCCCCAAUUUUGAUAAUCUGGGUGAUCACAAUGCCAAUGAUUCCAUUUAUAAUUCUUUGAACCAAAAGAGCAAAAGAGGAAGAUCAAAAGGCUAAGGAAUAUUUACUUAUCCUUCAUCAAGGGUUAAAAGAUAAAUGCAUUUAUUGGGAAUUUGUGAAAACUUUCAGAAAAUUUUUGCUAGCCACAUGUCUCCUACUCAAUGAGAAAGCUAGGCUUAGUGUAGCCUCAGUCCUCUUGAUAGUUUCAUCAAGAAUUCAACUGUGGUUGAAGCCUUAUAAAUAUGAUAAGAACAAUGAAAUAGAGUAUUUAGAAAUCUUAUGAGGAGCAUUUGUAGGUAUGGCUGGCUAUGUAUUCACAAUGGAUAACCAAGUUGAAGGCCUCAAUGCUCUUACAGUCUUAUUUGUUAUUGCAAUAAAUUUUGUAUUCAUAUUGCACUGGUUAUAUUUGCUGUGUUUCAAUUAUCAGGAAAAGCACUGAAUUUUAUCCCUUCUCUCAAGAAUUUUCGGAUGAUUAUUGUGAAUUAAGUCAAAGAAAGACCAAGAGAAUAAAAAUUUAUCUGAUCCAAGGAUAUUAGAAUCUCCUAAGAUUCCAAUCAUUCCCUGAAAUAAAAACAAAAAGAAACAAAGGAAGCUCCGUAGGGUCAAAAGAAGAUGCAAAAAGAAAUCCUCAAAAUUUAACUCAAAAUUACCAAAACUAACAAUUCCAAAAAAGCAACUACACCCAAAGCCAUGGGAUAGCUUUUCAUCCUACUCUCCUUCCGACCCUUUCCAUGCACCCACAACCACUCCCUUCAAACCUUCUACCCAAUCCCAAACCCGCCCUCCUGCCAUCACCCACAUUAACUUCAACCUCCCUCCUCAAUCUCCUCCAAAACGAAUUCUCCAUCCCCUAAACCCCAGUUCCAACCUUAACCCCCAUAAAUCCCUCUGCCCCUCUCCCAACACCUAAUCACCCAAAACUCAAUUAAUUCAAUUAUCCAC